AACAAGUACAACUAUUUGACGUUCCGCAAAAUUGACAAGUGUAAUAAUGAAAACAGCUGUGAAAUAAACGAUAAAUAAAGGAAUAAUAUUGUAAAAAUAACCACAAUUUUAAUGCGAGACUUAAUGUUAAUAUCUCAAUUAGUUCAUAGUAAGCGUAGCAGUUUGUUUGAAUAUUCUUGUUGUGAAAGUUAGGUUAUGUUAUGACUCAAAGUUAUUUUGUGAAAUGAUUAUAUGGUUUUCAACAUCGUGCCUUUAGGUCUGCUGCCUUAUAUGGGUUGAAGGGGUUAAGGUUUUGUGUUAUUCUGUAUAUUCUGAAGUGAGCUUUGGAGAUGUCUGAACGUGAGGGACCUAGUGGUUCAAGCCCUCAGGGGUCUGAAAAGGAUGGAAACGCGCGAACUGCUCCUCAGGCUAUGCCUAGUGGAUCAAGAGCGUCCAGUUAUUACGCGAACGAGCCAAUCCAGUUCCGUGUGCGUGGCUCCACCAUAAUCGGUGCAUCUCCGCCCAAGUUCGUCACAUUAGAGGACAUCAUGAAGGUGGCUCACGGCAUGCAGAACAUGGCGCUGGCACAUGAGAUCGCCAUGGGAACCGACUUCAAGUUGGAGCCGUUUGAACCGCCAGAUAAUAGUUACCAGAAACUCGUGAAGGAGACUAUGCACAAGGCAUACUUCGACAUCUUGCGGGAGCAGCUGAACUCUGACCCACCUGAGUACAAGCAGGCGCUCGUGCUCCUUGAGGAUGUUAAACAGGGUCUGUUCUCAAUCCUGCUUCCCCGCCACACUCGCAUAAAAGAGAUGAUAGAAGAGGUGUUGGACGCAGACUUCAUCCGACAACAAGCUGAGAACAAUAGCUUAGACUUCCACAAGUACGCGUCGUUCGUGGUCGACCUGAUGGCCAAGCUGGCUGCCCCGGCCAGGGAUGAGAUGAUACAGAACAUUACCAAGUUGACCGACACUGUGGACAUAUUCCGUGCAAUUCUGGAGACUCUAGAAGUGUUGAAGCUGGACCUUGCCAACACCCUGAUCGCCAUGAUACGACCGCACGUCCAGAAGGAGAGCGUGCACUACGAACGAGCCAAGUUUGAUGACAUGCUUAAAGUUUCCGAAGACGGCCUAAAGAACACCCGAGAGUGGCUGCUCCGUCACAUAGACAAGACUGGUCUCACUCUGCCGGUGACCGAUCAGAACAUCAUCAGGAAUGUGACUGCGCAGACGCUGGCUAAGGCAUACCUAGAGUUGCUAGAGUGGGAUGGUUCGCACGAAUACCCUGAGACGGUGCAGCUAGAUGCGCCGCGGUUCUCCGACCUGGGUAUGCGCGUCUACCGCCUGAUAUUGACGGCGUCACUACUCCUGCUCAGCCCCAACUGCGCUACCGACUCGCAGGCGCAAGCGCAAACGCACAAGCAGAAACUCAAGGAGAAACUCUUCAUACUGCUUGAUAAUACUUCUUCUGACACUCAACUGCACACCAUCCUGCCGUCGAUAGCGGAGGAAGUGAUCUUGGUUACUGAGCAGCUACUGGAAAGCUUGCACCAGGAACCGCUGACCUCUGACACCAAGGAGCUGAUCCGCACACAGGUCAUCUCCCUGCGAGACCCUGACCAUAGGGUGCGGCAAAUCGUCCGUCAACGCAUACUAGAGUUCCUGAAGGUGAUCCUAAUAUGCGCAGGGGGAUCGCGUCAGAUCCCCGUAGGGUUGUCAACGUUCACUCGAGAACUGACCUCCAUAUCUGGGACCCUGCUCCGGUACGUAAUGCACAACAAGGCGGUGUUCACCAAACACUACAUGGACAUCGUAGCCGAGGAACUAAGUAAAGGUUAAUUUUAUUUUUUUCUCUGUUGUUUUAUGACUGUUAUGUGAAGCUACAGGUGUUUAUUUUUUGCGUCACGACUCAGAGUUACGUCGGAAAUAAUUUUAUCAGUCAUAAAAUUACAUGUAAAUUGAUAUAUUAUAUAAAAAUAUAUUUACAAUUGAGCAUCAAGAAUGUGUUAUUUAACUAAGCAGGAUUUCCCUUAGGGUUGGUAAAUUAGAUUAGCAGCCCUUCUAUAAAAAAAAAACAUUGUAAUAAAAGAAUUGUGACAAUACCUUCAGUCACAGUCGGGACACUCCAUACAAAAAUUUCAUUCUUACUGUGUGAGGCCUUACCCCGUGCGUGCGAGCGAGACAAACAGGCCGUGCGCGCUCCCUCCACUUAACCGCUUUCGCUAAUUUGGGGGGGGGGGGGUUGGUUGAAUCAGAAUAUUGGUGCGGGGCGAAGAGUGUCCGCCCCAGCAUUAUCCCGUUUUUCAAAGGGUCCGCUUACCUAACCUGAAGAUUUGACAGGUCAGGGGGGUUAAAAGGGCCACAUCGCAGUAAUUCAUCUAAAAAAGCAAUAUUGCAAUGUGACAUUUGCGCAUAUAAAAGUAAGUGCGCGAUGCAAAUGUCAAAUAGCAAUAUAUAAGAUGAAUUGCUUUGAUGUGGCCUUUUCACCCAAGGUCAGGUUUUCGGGAAGUGUCCCUUCUAUCAAUGUAUAAUUGUUUAUUCUAUGCUUCAGCUUAGAUAAGCUAACCUCAAAAUGAAAACGAUAUAAACAUGCUGAUGGUGUCACCCAUCGCAUCCUGCUAUAUUUUUGUACAUUUCAUGUCUUAUAAAAUUAUGUCUAACGUUAUUCUAAGUCAGGAUAAACUAUAAAUAUCUUUGGCUUCACGGAAGCGGGUCAUAUUCCGGGCCUAAAACUGGAAACCUACACAGGUAGGUACCUGGUGUAUCUACUACGAGGCCAAUUGGUUUUGUGUUUCUCGUAUCAAUUUCUAAUCCACUUGAAAGAAACCACUUGAAAAAUAACAUUUGUCUAUAACUCUAACCUAACCAUAGAGGCGGCCAAUCAGAUCGCGACUUCACUUCUCAACCCCACCGGCAGGGUCGAUGUUUACCUUUUAAUACGUAUUGCUCUUUCACCUCUAAUUUAAGAGCCACGCUCUUGUCGGUAUAAUAGGUAUGGGUGUUAGUGACACCGUAACGAAUACUGAUGGGGAAGAUUCAGACCAUUAUUCUGACUUGAUAUCAAGUGGAAUUUCCUGUCCAAAAAAUCAUGAUUUUUUUAUUUUAUUUUUUUAUUAUUUUCCUAUCCAUACUUUUGCGACGGCAAAUUCCACUUGAUAUUAACUCAGAAUCAAGGUCUGAAUCAUCCCUCAAAGUUUUCCUUACGGUGUCACUAUCCCUAACACCCUGUAUGGUAUCGCCUAGUGCGAGAGAAUCGAGAGAUGUCUCUUACGCACUAACGGUAUACAACUUAGUAAGAAAGAGACAAAAUAUACGUCAUUCUAAUUAAAUUACGUUUGGCCGACCAUAAUACCUUUAAACACCCGUAAAUUUUAUUACCUGCAGAUAUAUCCGUAAUUGCAAGAGGAUUAAUGUGGGUAGUCCUUAUUUUUCACCAUAUUGAGAACAGUGAUUAUAUUUAUACCGCCCCAAAUAUGUUUUGUUACAAUCUGUUGCGUCGUACCAUAUUGUUUUAAGAAUUUUGGGCUGUAAAAGCGUACGUAUACAAACUAGAGUAUUUUUUUGUGUUUUUUAACUUUCGAAUGAUAUAUUUAAGUUUCUAGCCAAUAUGUAAAGUGUUUGUGAUACAAUUCGCAUUCAUAUUAACCCUUUCACGGACAGAGAUCAUAGGUCAUUGAUGGUUCAUAAUAGGUAAUAUGACACCUUGGAAUCGGAACAUCAUUACACGUUCUGUCCUCUAAAGUGUUAACCUUGCCAAUAAAAAAUAAAAACCAAGCAAAAUUCAAUCGAAUUAUUUGAUAAUAGGCUAGUUUCCAACUAGUCAAAUCAGCUACUUUUUACUAAACGUCAAAACACGAAAUUACUAUGGAAUUUGUAUGGAAAAGCAACCUGUGACGUCAUAGAAAAACGUGAUAAAAUGUCGCACUUAUUAUAAAAUUUUUUUUUUUCAGUAAAAUUCAUAAAUAAAUAGAAAAAAUAAAAUGUUAUUUCCACCUUUAGAUUUGUCGUCAUUUAGUAAUCAGAAUUUCAUAAUUUAUCUUUGACCUAGGAAACUACCCUCAUGGAUACCAUUUUUCUUGGCUGUCAAUUAGGUACUUAUAAUCACAUUCACCGCUUUUUUUUGUUUAUUUUUUAUUGGUAAGUCGAUUAGCAUUGAAAGUAUAAUGUAAAUUCAAAUUGCACUAAAGAUGCAAGUAAUGCUGUAGUUUGUAUACACCAUAACAGGUCAAUUCAUAUUGAAAAUUAAAUCGAACUAUUCUGACUCGGACAGAACUUGAACCUGGAGCCCACAUCGCUCCAUGGGGGGGCUUUUUGAGGUGAAUACCAACCUCAUCAACCCUGGUGGCAGGGUUAUUAUUGAGCCACCAAAGGCCCCUGACAUGACUCAUGUAACGACUACAUGUUUACAUCAGUAAGUAGUAACCGGGACCAACGGCUUAACGUGCCUUCCGAAGCACGGAUCAUCUUACCACCACGGAGGCCGUUGUACCCAGUGGUGUCAUGGUUAACACGCUCGUCCAGGCUUGGCAAGAUGCGGGUUCUAGUCCCGUCCGAAUCAGACUUUUUUGAUUUUUCUCUUUGUGAACUCCCAGUCCCUAAGUGCGCCACACAAGUGAGUGCUAUAAAAACAAAAAACAUUAAUUUCAAAGAUCAUUAAAAAUAUUCAAAGAUUAUUCUUAAAAAAUAAAUUGUAUCAUACAUAUUUCUGUACCUUUGCGUACAGUAUUUUUAAUAAUGCAUAAAAUUUUAUUGAAAACUAUAACCUCUAGCAAUAAGAGUUUUAUCCAUCUUUGACUUCUUUAUUAAAUUAAUCUCGUGUAAGGGCUGAGUCACAUAUUAUUUUGUCGGAUUCGGGACGGGUCGUCAAUGCGAUAAUCUGUGGAGUUGAAGGUUCGCGCCACGAAACAAGUCCCGCGGAUUUUAAUGGAACUAAUCGACGAGUCAAUAAUUGUAUGCACACUGCGACAAUAGCGUCGUGGCCGCGGGACUUCGCAUGGCUUAAAAAACAUAUUAAAAUAAUAUAAAAGUAUAUUAAUGAAUGCCUUCGAAUCAGCCUUUACAAUCGCGUCAAUUAUCGCGGAUCGAGUUCAAUUUUAAUUCAGUUUGACAGCAUAAAGGAUAAGUAGGCACUGGUGCUGUUUCCGGUACAUAGCAUUUAAUUUUAUUUUAAGUUACACAUGUCAUUUUCUUAUACGCGGAAAGGGAAAAAAAAUAACGAGUGGAUGAUUGAACAAAUAAUUUGUGGCCUUUUAGAUCCCCUGAUCUUCACAGUCAUUGCAUUGCCUAGUCAUUAUUUUGACGCUUCUGCACUGUAACUUCGUGAAACAUAAAUAAAUAGUCAGAGGCCACCUUGAAGUGAUGAAAAAAUAUUGCUAUUGGAUAUUUGUUGAUAUUCCUUUUUAUAUGCAAUAAUGUCAAAUUGAAAUAUAUAUUUUUAGAUGGAUUACUUCAACGUGGCGAUUUUGGACUUUAGACCCCUUGAGGUGUAUCUCAUGUUAGAAUGCGUACGGUCACGAGCAUUAAUAAUGUAUACACUUUGGUACCAUGUCACAUUAACUUUUUUGACAAAUUGAACUGUAAGUCUCACUAAAUGUCAAAUUUGUUAGUGCGACAGAGUCCUAAAGUGGGUGCAUUAUAUUGCUCAUGACUGUACAAUCCCUCAAUAGAAUGUUAAACUCAAAUUAAACUCGGUCGGCCAUAAUUGUCACUAAUUUCGGUGUUGGUUACUAAUAUAUAAAAAUAAUUAAAUUAAUGGGUCUCCAGCUAUAUAUAUUAUAAUAAUAAUUAAAUUAAUGUUGCGACUAGUGAGAAUUAACUGACAUGAUAUUAUAUAACUGUUAAAUUGCUAGUCGAAUUAACGGUGCUUCUCAAACCAGUAUUAUAAUGGUUACUAGCACGACGGAAUUUUGAAAAAAUUAUUGACAAGUUUGUAGAGAAUUUUCCUUGUGGUUUUCUAUUAACUUGUCAUAACAAAUUGAAACUGUUUUUAAAUAAUUCGAAUAGUAUUCAUGAAAUGGGCUGUGUCGAUCUGAAAUUAUAAAUGAUUAAUAACAUAACUGGUAGAUAUAAUAUUCACUAUGUAUAAACGAAAUAAAUUGGUAAAAAAAUACCCGAAAUUAUUAAGGAUCUUCCUCUCAUGUGCAUUUAUUUAAUCAAAUUAUGUGUAUUAAAUUUAAUCGUGCUUUUUUUGUAAAAUAGUUAUCUGUGAGUGUUUGUAAUUUAUUUCCAUAAUGGUGUAUUUCCGAUUUUUUACAAUUGUAUUUUUUUGUUUGUACCCUUUCCAAAUUCACAUAUCAAAAAAAAAAUAGUCAGUUAAUAUACAUAAGUUACUAAAUGUUCUAAUGAAAUAACACUAAAAGCGAUAAUAUGAAAUAAUAAUAGGAAGACUGUUGUUUUUGAAAGAUUUCUCUAUGAAAUACGGGAACAAUUUAUUUUUAAUUCACUACAAUGUGUUUGUUAUGUAAUCAAGUGAAUGAUGCACUAAUAAAAUAUUGCUAUUAUA